UCGCGGUAAGCGCGGAAGAGAGGCAGAGUAGUAAACCGGAACAAGCGGUAGCAACUCCGGUAGUGUAUUGUGGAAGCGCGGCCAGGCGAGCAAAACCUCCGAGUCAAACCCUAAGCCUCAGGUUUGCGCACUGCGUUCGGAUUUGGAAAUUUCUCUCGACACCUCGAGCGAAGUAAAAAACGCGCGCAACCAUGGCGACCACCAAAGUGCAGCGGAUUAUGACACAGCCGAUCAACUUAAUCUUUCGAUUUUUGCAAAGUAAAUCGAGGAUUCAAAUUUGGUUGUUCGAACAGAAGGACCUCCGAAUUGAGGGCCGUAUUAUUGGUUUUGAUGAGUACAUGAAUCUUGUACUCGAGGAUGCCGAGGAGAUCUCUCUAAAGAAGAAAACCAAGAAGCCCCUGGGAAGAAUUCUUCUGAAAGGUGACAACAUCACGUUGAUGAUGAAUACGGGCAAAUGAUACAACGAUGUUAACUACACUGGGAAGUAGUGAACUAUGCAGCACUUUGAAGAUGCACUGGUUAUCAACCUUUUAGAUACCACUUGCACUGGAGGUUAUUCCACUUUUGACACUCGCUCACUUUGGAAACUCCAACGACCAUCUUGAUGUUUUUUACAAGGUGUCAAGGUCACACGUAGUAUCUGAACAGCAGUUGGAAAUAGCGGCGCAUUGCUAAACGCCUGCUAAGACUUGCAGGGAGUUUUGUCGUGGUGAAGCUGAACACCAAGUCUGGUGGCUUCAUCAUCUGCCCUGUGAGGUGUACAUUGUAUAGCGCAUGUUUGACCGGUCAAGUACAAAAGAUGAUAUUAUUUCCAAUUACAUACAGAUUUGUUCCUCUGUUACUCGCCUGGCAGAGCAGUAACAAUUUUUUUACAUCAAGGUUUCUGUUGUGCCUGAAGGAAGAAUGGCGGGGGCUUCUUUUUCUGAAGAAUCUUCCGGAAUGGUCUUUUCU